AUGGAUUUCCAGCAAUGGCGCCUGCAAUGUUCACCAUUCUAAGCUUAGCUCCUCCAGGCUGAAUGUGUUGUAGGCCCGUCGCCAGCUGCUGGCAAAGUGGUUCCGAGCUUCCCAGCUUUUGCGCCACAGCAACAAACAUACACGAGUUGUACGAAGGUGAAAAGAGGGUGAAAAUGCUGCGACGUCUACACCAGUAACUUAUCUCAGCACUCCAAGUUCAGCCGUGUUUGAUAAGUCCAAUGCUGUCAACACAGGAGCUCAGUUGAAGCUAUGGCGCUGAGGUUGGGCGGAAGAAGAUUUGGCAGCUCUCUGACCAGAGCGCUGAGCAGUCUCCCCGGCCGCCUUGCGCUUGCUGUUGGGGCAACCUAUCUUGUUUGGCCUAGACACCCCCGCGUCGAAGUGGAAGAGGUCCGACUGCGCAGUAUGAAGGUGCGCCUUGGUAAGGAAGAGGCUGCAGACAGUUCCAGUGUUGAGCUGGACUUGAAUGUCAGCCUGCGAGUUUGGCUCCACAACACAAAUGUGGUUAAAGUUGACCUCUUCGAAAGUGGGGCAACGGUACAGUACCGAGGGUCCACUUUGGGCGUUGGGAUGGUGCGAGCGGCGACAAUACCUCCAAAAAGCGCCGUCAAAAUGGAUAUCCCGGCAGUUCUUACGGGUGCGAAGGCGUUGCACCUUGGUCCACAACUCUUGAAAGAUGCGGCGACGGGGGAAGUAGCGAUUGUAUCCUUUGCUGAAGUCCCUGGAGUGGCGUUCGUCGUGGGUAUCAAGGUGCCCAUUACGAUAUACGUCCGAAUUCAGCUUGUUCUUGACCCUAUCGGCCUUGGCAUCCUUGCUCAAGAAUGUACCGCCAAGCUGGAGGUCCUCGGCAUACCACCCAUAUGAAGUAGCCAAGCAUAUUCAACAACUGAUAGAGAUCGACCAUCAAAUAGCCAGGUCCGUUACUGCUACAGCGGCGCCGCAAUCUGUGUGCCAGUCGUGCAUGCGCUUCACCAUAUUUGAACCCAUAACUCAAACCCAGUAUUUCAUACAAAAGGACCGAUUCCAGCUGUAGCUGACAUGCGUCCCCUGAAGCUGCGGGAUGUAAAUCAGCAAGUUGAGCUGAGUUAAGCGCGACGACAAGUCGAAAUUGUGUGCAGUCGUGAAUGGACCUUAAUCACGUGUUUUGGAAGAUCAAGUACUGAAGACCAUAUGCUCUAAGAAGUUGUUAGUGUAGGCUAGGUAAUGUAGGCUAGACGACAGCGUGUCGCUUUGAAUCAAGCAGACGUACGUGUCAUGUGACAUAAGGUAGGCCUUAGGCUUCCAAAGCAUACAGGUACGAAAUGCUAAUCUGAGUUCUGGCCGCCCAUUCAAAUCCUCCGAUCCC